ACCAAAUAUUUAAGGUAUUGAUGUAAGAUGUAUUAUUAUUAAGAGGUAUGCAGAACCUAUCAAAUGGAUGAAGAGGUAUUAGAACCGGGAUUGUGUGCUCAGUGCCACGAGAAACACGAGAGGAAUGAACAAAACCACAUUUACACUUAUGUAGACGAGGUGCCUGACGAGUAUAACUGCACGAUAUGUCUGCAGCCAAUACAGCAGCCUAUAGACACCCCCUGUGGGCACACCUUCUGUGCAGCUUGUAUUGAACCGUGUAUCAAGAUCAAGAAACUGUGCCCAAACUGUAGGAAAUGUCUACUUUUCUCAGAUCUGAGACCUUCUACUUUCCUCGUUCGAAACAUCCUCAACAAAUUAAGGGUAUCGUGUCCAGUGUGUCAGGAAGGUAUGGAGAGGCAGAAGAUUGAGAUACACCUCGCUAACCACUGUCCCAAAAUAGAGGUUGCGUGUAAAUACGCAAACAAUGGGUGUCUACUCACGCUACCCAGAACACUUAUAGAGGAACAUAAUCAUCUCUGCGAGUUUCAGAAUCAACCAGUGAAAGAAGCAACAUCAGAGAUCAAGGAAAACGAGCCAACUCUGAUAGAGAUAAUCCGGAGACAAGGAGACAGAUUAGGACUGACAAUCUUCGGAGGAUCUGAUACAAAUGUGACGCAUAUUAUAAUACAGGAUGUCAUGAAACACAGUAUCUGUUACAGGGAUAAGAGGCUCAAGGUCGGAGAUCAGAUUAUGGAGGUAAACGGGUGUAGUUUGCGGAGUGUAACGCACAAGCAGGCUUUCUCUCUACUCGACAAAGCUUCUUCGCCAAUCAGACUUCUGAUCCUCAGACCUUCCUCUAAAACUUCCAGUGUUAAACCAAACAGUGUUGAACUUCAAAUAGAGCCUCAUUUUGUGGAGUUGACGAAACUACAGGGAGAAGAAUUAGGGAUCAGAAUAAUGAGCUCUCCUCGGGAGCCUGGUGUUAAAGUUUUGAACUUGAUCGAGAAUAGUAUAGCAGAGCUAAGUAACCUAAUAAAGCAACACGAUAGAAUACUAAGUGUAAAUGGCGUAUCUCUUCAAAACGUAUCCCAACAAAACGCCGCAGAUAUUAUCAAGAGGCAGACAGGAGUGAUAAAGUUCCUGAUCCAGAGAUCCUUAUCUCCCUCGGAAUGUAGCAAAACUUUGGCUCCUUAUCUCACUUCUCUUAUCUCUUUCAAACCCGCUCUUAUCGAGCUAGAUUCUCCUGACUUACCCCACAUCGACACUAUCAACAUCUCCUUUUCGACUGGAGAUAACGAUAAGUUAGGAUUCUCUGUUGUUGGAGGAAUGGGGUCUAUAAUUGGGGAUAUACCAGUGUUUAUUACUGAUGUUAACGUUACUUCGCGAGCACAUGAAGCUGGACUUAGGGUAGGAGAUAGCAUUGUGAAGAUAAACAACAACUCUCUUGUUGAAAUGGGAUUCCAGGAAGUCCUUUCUCUUCUUAAAAACUUGAACUCUGAUCAACUAAUUCUUACGAUUCAGAGAAUAGAGCUCGAUAACCCACUCACCACCAACUUUUGCAAGGACUGGCCCUUUUCUCUUCCUUCCGCUGGAUUCGGUAAACUAUCUAUCGUCCGAAUUCCUCGACAGGAGACAACCGCAAGUUUGGGUUUUAGAAUAGUUGGAGGAGUUGGUUCUCAUCAGGGGGACCUGCCAAUCGUCAUCAAAUCUAUUUCUAGCAGAUCCCUCGCUAGCAGGUCGACGUUGAGACCAGGGGAUCACGUGUUGGGAUGUAAUAGUUCUUCUCUAAUCAACAUUUCACACGACAGUGCUGCUCAGCUCAUUAAAAAUACCAGAGGAGACGUCAAGUUAACAGUAUUAACGUGGCCUUCAUCCGAGAUAAAACAGAAGAAGAUAACCCGACACCGCUCAUUGGACAACCUAAACAGCCCAUCUCUCUCCGAUGCUACAUGACCUGCAUGACCCUGCGUGUUUCUUGCGAGUUAGAUGAGAAUAUUGGGACAUGAUAACAUGUUGGUAUGCCGGGUAUGGGAAAUAAUAUCUGACCUACGAUGUGUUAUGUAGGGAAAUGCAACUGUUCUUUACAUAAAAGCAAUCUAUGAGGUGGAGCUAUUUUACUUGUCACAGGACCGGUUUAUCUUGCCCUAUAAAACCUGACAUGAAUUUUGAUAAAUCUAGACUUGUCGAGUUCACUGGUUCCAAAAAUUAGCUCUAACAAAAGACUGAACUAGUUCUAGAUUUUGAUAAUCGGAAUCUGAAUAAUUCUGGCAGAUCACAGAUAAGGUUUUAGGAAUCAGGUCAAAAUUGCCCAACUUUGUGGAGAAGUCUAGCUCAUGAACUGACAAACUUACUGAUCACGUGUACUGAUCACGUGUACCGAUCACGUGUACUGAUCACGUGUACUGAUCACGUGUACUGAUCACGUGUACUGAUCACGUGUACCGAUCACGUGUACUGAUCACGUGUCGGCAAAAUAAGACUGAAACAGAAGAAUUGUAAAUAUAAUCCAAAGAGUGAGCUUGAGAAGUCAUAGCUCGUUAUUUUUAUUGUAAAAAUAGAUAAGUUAUUAUAUUGUCAUCUCAAUGGAGAUUUUUAAUCGAAAAUAAACUCAAGGGUUAGCUUGUCAGCUUGUUUCUGUUCUGUAUUUGUUAACUGCUUUUAUGUUUCAUCCUAUUGUUAAAAUUACCUGAUUUAAAAGUGUACCCUUCCUGAGACUUUCUUUGUAAUUUGAGUUUUAAUCUUUAUUUGGUUUAAGAUCGUUUUUUAUCGGGGUAACCGGUUAAAUUGAAGGAGGGACUUGUCUUUUCCGUUUGGAAUUUCACACCCACUGCAACUGGUCCAUUUUACUGAUAUAUUUGCCAAUUCAUCAUUAAAAUUUCUGAUUUAAUGAAUCCAUUCCAUAUAGGGAAGCAGCUUUGUAUUUACGAUUUCAUCAUCUCAACUACAAGGUGUUUUCGUCUUCAGGGACUUUUUAAAGAAUCCUUAUCUAACAAUCAAGUUGUCGAUGACUAUAACUUGAUUUAUUUUCAACCUCUAAUCCUUUUGGGAAACUCUUAAUAAAGGAUGUUCAUUGUACAAUGUACAUCGGCUAUAGACAGCUAAAGUAUGAGCAAUAGUUCCAUUGUUAAUAAUGUUUCAUUGAACUAAUUAAAAGUUUAUCAACCGAGUUUAAAA